AUGGCAUCCGGAUCAUCUCUACCAGAGGACAGGUUCUCCUGUCCCAUCUGCUGUGACAUCUUCAAGGAUCCUGUCGUCCUGGCAUGUGGCCACAGCUUCUGUGAAGUCUGUCAGCAGGAAUACUGGGCAGAUAAGAAACCUUGGAAAUGUCCAGUUUGUAGGAGAAGAUUCCCCGUAGCUAUGACUCAACCUCCUCGUAACCUGGCGUUAAAUGACGCGUGUGAGGCCUUCUUACAGGAGAGGAGGCAGAGAGCUUCAUCUGGAGCUUCAUCUGGCUCUGAGGUGCUCUGCAGUCUGCACGGUGAGAAAUUCAAACUCUUCUGUCUGAAGGACAAUCAGCCCGUCUGCUUGGUGUGUCGAGAUUCAAAAGUCCAUAAAUCUCACGACUGUGUCCCCGUAGACGAGGUUGUCCAGGAUCUUAAGGAGGAACUCCACACCGCCCUGAAGCCUUUACAGAAGAACCUAGAGGUCUUUAACAACGUUAAACUAGCCUGUGAUAAAACAGCAGAACACAUGAAGAGUCAGGUCCAGCACACAGAGAAACAGAUUAGGAAAGAGUUUGAGAAGCUUCACCAGUUUCUACGAGAUGAAGAGGCAGCCAGGAUAGCUGCACUGAGGGAGGAAGAGGAGCAGAAGAGUCAGAUGAUGAGGAAGAAGAUUGACGAGAUGAGCAGAAAGACAUCAUACCUUUCAGAUGCAAUCAGAACCAUAGAGGAGGAGCUGAAAGAUGAAGACAUCUCAUUCCUGCAGAACUUCAGGACCACAAAGGAAAGAUCCCAGUACACACUGCUGGAUCCACAGCUGGUCUCAGGAGUUCUGAUAGACAAGGCCAAACACCUGGGCAACCUGCAGUUCAGAGUCUGGGAGAAGAUGCUGGGGAUCCUCAAAUACACUCCUGUGAUUCUGGACCCAAACACUGCACAUCCCAGUCUCUCUCUGACUGAUGAUCUGACCACUGUGAGAAGACCAGGCACGUCCCAGCAGUUCGUUAACAACCCAGAGCGAUUUAUGAGGUACACAAAUGUUCUUGGCUCCGAGGGGUUCAGCUCAGGAAUACACAGCUGGGAGCUGGAGGCGGGGGACCAUCCUGACUGGGUUUUGGGCGUGGCUAAAGAGUCCAUAGACAGGAAGCGGGAGCGUAAUGCGACACCAAAGGAUGGAAUGUGGUGUAUAUCACAGCACGGUGGGAAGUACAUAGGAGGAGGAGGUGACAUCAUCGCUCGGAAGAGGAGACCCCAGAGGAUCAGAGUGCAGCUGGACUACAACAGAGGGGAGGUGUCCUUCUACCACCCCAAAUACAUGACACCUGUCUACACUCCUAACGUCAGAGCUACUGAGAGACUGUUCCCAUACUUUAAUAUUGGGAAUGUGGCUAAUGGCAACAACCCUGGUAUUUAG